AUGGGUGAAAAAAAUCGGUAUAAUGCAGUCGGUGUAAAAGACGAAGAAGCAUAUUUGGACAGCGGGUUUUCACGAAGCGAUUGGAAUCCGAAAAUUACAGUUGGCAAAAUUUUCUCUAGUAAGAAAACAUUGUUGACGGAGUUACGGUUGACGGCAUUAAGAGGCCACUUUGAAUUUAAGGUGCAAUUCUCUUGCACUAAGAGGUUGCUUGUGGUUUGUUGUCAACGUCCAUGCCCAUGGCGGGUCCGAGAAUCGAGAAUUGGAGAAUACAGCUUCAUGAUUGUGAGGUGUACAACUGUCCAUGAAUGUGAUUUGAGGUUUGUAAGUGACAAGCAUCGUCAAGCAACCACAGCACUUGUAGCCAGUUCACUUAAAAGGAAGUUGAAGGAUUGUCGGACAAUAUACACACCAAGUGACAUUAUGAGAGAUGUGAAACACAACUUUGGUUGCACCAUCCAUUAUUCUAAAGCUUGGAAAGCAAGGGAGUUAGCUCUAUUGUCCAUUAGAGGAUCAACGGAGGAGGCAUAUUAUAUCCUUCCAGCUUAUUGCUAUGAAUUGGAGCGUAUGAAUCCCGGCACAAAAACACACAUCCGAACUGAUGAGAACAAUCACUUUGUGUAUUUAUUUAUGGCGGUUGGCGCAUGUAUUAGAGGGUUCCGUUCUUCCAUGCGCCCAGUGAUAGCCGUGGAUGCCACUCAUUUAAAAUCCAAGUACAAGGGUGUUAUGUUUGUAGCAAAUGCAUUCGAUGGUAAUCGAAAUAUAUAUCCUCUUGCUUUUGGGAUCGGGGAUUUGGAGACGGAUGCAUCAUGGCAUUGGUUUUUCACUAAACUUCAUGAAGCCAUUGGUGAGUGUCCCAAUCUUGUUAUUAUUUCUGAUCGCAAUGGGAACAUGAAACGCACUUUCAAGUUGAAAAAGCGUGAUCACAUACUUAUGCACUUUGAGAAGGCUGCAAAAUCUUAUUCCAUUGCUGAAUUUGAUGGUCAUUUUCGCAAGAUCAAGCGAAAGGAACAUGUUGCUCAAUAUCUUGAAGAGGCAGGGUUACAUAAGUGGUCUAGAGCUCACAUGGAUGGACGCCGCUACAAUGUAAUGACAACAAAUAUUGCGGAGUAA